AAAACUACAAACUCAAAAUGUAAAAAUUGAAGCAUUACAGAAUGAAAUUUCUGAAAAACAAACUUUGGAAAAUUUAAUUACAAAUAAAAGUGAUUUACAAUCAACGAAUAAAAUUACAUUAGACGAAACAGUUUAUAGAGAAAACUUAUUAAAUAGAAUGCAAACUAUGAAUGAUUGGGACAUUAUCAAAGAACAAGUAAAUUAUUUAGAAUUAUUUAAAUAUCAUCCAAAGAAAACUUUAACAAUAACGAAAAACUUGGAAAAUUCAAUAUUUAAUUACAAUAAAUGCAAUUGUCCCAAUUUUUAACAGAUGUUAAAUGAAGAUGAUGAAUUCAAAAUUACAACUUACGAUAAAAAUGAGUGUACAGAUAAUAUCAAAUGUUGUAAAGUGAAACAAGCAUUGAAUCUCAUUGGUGGAGAAAUAAAUAAAAUUGAUGACAUCGUACAUCGAGUAAAAUAUUCCAUAGAAAAUAAUUUUCCUCAAUUGGAAAAUGAAGAUUUUUCAAAUAUUCGAUUAAUGAUUAACAAUCUUAAACAACAGAGACAAGAAAUUAAUGAAAUUCAACAAUCUUACAAUAUUUACUUGAAACAAUUUUCUGAACUCAGGGAAAAUCAAAGUAAAACUAUAAAACAGAUUGAGGAAUUAGAAACCUCGGUCAAUGAAAUAUUCGAAUCUUUUGACUAUUUGGAAAAUGAGAAAAAAAUUCCAAAUGAAAAGAUUCAGAAGGAAGAGGAAAAAUUAAAAAACCGUAACAGAAAACAAGAAAAGGAUUUUAAUAAAAUGAUGGAAUGGAUUUCAAAACUAAAAGAUAAGAAAACAAAUAGAGAGGAAAAUUGUCGAAUUGAUAAACUCGAGAUGGAAAAAUACCAAGAUAGAUCAAUGUUAAUUUAUGCUAUUAAACAAAUCAAAGAAGUUAUUGAAAUGAAAACUAUUCUCGACUCGAGAAAAUUAUUAAAAUCACCAAAAAAAGAUCCAACCGAAGAAAUUGAAAAUGCUUCAGAUACUAAAAUUGAAACUAGUUUCUCUCAUACAAAAUGCUCUACAAUGAAAAAUUCCACAGGUUCCGAGAAUUGGAAAAGAAAUAAAAAUUUAUUUCCAAAAUUUUUACAGAAAUGCGAUAAAAAAAUUUCACCAAAAUGCGAUAAUUUUCUUUUACCUCAAAAAGAUCAAAGUACAUUUUUAUAUUAUAACAAUAAUUCAUUACGAAAUUAUUUAACUCGAAAGGAUAUUCCGUUUUUCUUGAAAUUAAUUGGGAAAAAUCUUGAAAAAAGGGAAAUUAAAUUAAUGAAACUGGGAAAUCAAUAUUUCAGAAUACAAUAAUUUAAAAAAAAAAUUUUUAAUAAAAAUAUAUUAUAAAACAUGAAAUAUAAAAAAAUAUAAUAAAUAUAAAUAAAACGAACCAAACGAGGUUGAGUUGAUGUUUAAAUGUCCGCGCAUAAUAAGGCCAGGUCCAAGUGAGGCAGCGCCA